AUGGAUGAUAAUAGCCGACUUCGUGUGCAUGAAGUUUUACAUCGAAAGGGUGACGAAAUUACUGAAGCCGAGUAUGUGUAUGAUGAAAUUCAUUCCAAUGGUAAAAUACGUCAACAUCAUGUUCAUGUCAAGAGAGAAGAGUUUGAACGACUAGCUAAAACGAUUAAGAAACCGUGGUUAUCAUUUAAUAGUUUCACAAAAGUGACACGAGCCUUACUGAUGGGACAUCAUGCAGCAGAAGAUAUACCUGAAGCAUUUCGUCUACUUGACACCGACGAUUCAAACACUAUUGAUAUUGGCGAACUGGCUGCAUUUAUGCCCGCCAUUAUACCUAAUUCCAAUUCAUAUAUGCUUCUUCGUUAUUUUCAACCGGCUGAUACCAACAACGAUUAUAGACUCAAUUUGGAUGAAUUUACUGCGUUUAUAAAGAAAGGAGUUGUCCGAGACCUUGCACUUGGACGCAAUUAA